UUCGACUAUUUGGUAGAGGCUGAUGUAUUAGAAAUUAUGGGAUAUCUUGAAAGAAAGUGCAUUGAGUGUGUUAACUAGCGACAUUAGGGGUUAAAUGCAAUCCAAACAUGUUUUCCUGGGGCAGUUAAAAAAACUAGUUUUUAAAAAGCAACGUUUUUAAAAAACCGUUAAUAUUUAAAUUAGUAUCAACAUUUAUGCGUAGCUACACGACAAAUUUAAUCCUUUGUCUCCAUAGGAUGGCAAGGUUGUCUAUUUAUUAGACUGGUAAGACAACAAAAAUGACAGCAACAUUCGCUGUUCUUUAUAUUGUUUUAUAAUGAUAUAAAAGUGCAUAUUUUAGCUCUGAUUGCUCGUGUGUACUGCAUACUGCAGCUUGCAGUCUUACCGCGCGGGUUGAGCAGUGUUUGUUUGGGUGAGGUGAAAACGAAAAAAAGGCUUGUAAAUGUUCUGAAUCUCUCACAAAUCCGUGAUUGUUUGCUUACUCGCACUUGAAGAAUCCCUAACCGGAAAAUGAGUCACAGGGUCAGAAAGUUAUUUCCUAUUUCAGAAAAGUUGGGAAACAGACCAAACGAAGGAAGAGAGAACAAGAGAAACCCGCGCACAUCUGUGAAGUAUUCAGUAUCAAAUGACUGCAGAAACGGAUAAACAGGGCAACACGAUGGAUUAAUGGGCGAACAGAGAUUCCAGAAUGGCAGCUACAUACACUUUAUUUCUGAUGCUAUUAUUCAUUUGGACUCCAACAGUGAAAUCCACCUCAGUGUGUUCAACUGAUGGCUACUUCGCUUUCUGCAUGGACAGAGGUCUUCAAGAGGUGCCAAAGAUUUCCACUUACAUAACUAACGUGGAUUUGAGUAAAAACAGAAUUGCUGAACUCAAUGAAACAUCCUUUUCUCAUUUGGAAGCUCUAGAAGUCCUCAUCCUGAUGCACCAAACACCAGGUCUUGUGAUCCGGCGCAAUUCAUUCAUGAGGCUCUCUAAUUUAACAUCACUUCAGCUAGACUACAACCACCACCUGCGAAUAGAUGCAGGAGCAUUUAAUGGAUUAUCCGACCUUAAAAAUCUCACUCUCACUCAAUGCGGUUUAGAUGACUCCCUACUGUCUGGUAACUUCCUCAAACCUCUGAUGUCUCUUGAGAUGCUUGAUUUAAGUCGUAACAACAUUCGGAGAGUCCAACCGGCGUCUUUCUUUUUAAAUAUGAGGCGAUUUCAUGUGCUGGAUCUGACUUUCAACAAAGUGAAGAGCAUCUGUGAGGAAGACCUCCUGAACUUUCAGGGUAAACAUUUCACACUCCUCAGACUGUCCUCUAUAACACUGCAAGACAUGAAUGAGUACUGGUUAGGAUGGGAGAAAUGUGGAAACCCAUUUAAGAAUACUUCAAUAACCACAUUGGAUCUAUCUGGAAACGGCUUUAACGUUGACAUGGCUAAGAGAUUUUUUGAUGCUAUCUCCAGUACCAAAAUCCAAAGUCUCAUCAUCAGUAACACUUACAGAAUCGGCAAAUCUUCUGGCGAUAAUUCGAAAGAUCCAGACAAAUCGACAUUCAGUGGUCUUAAGUCGAGCGGUAUUAAGAGUUUUGAUCUGUCCAAUUCAAGCAUUUUUUCUCUCACAUAUUCUGUAUUUAGUUAUCUGUCAGAUCUAGAACAAAUCACAUUAGCAGAAAGUCAGAUCAACAAGAUUGAAAACAACGCAUUUUUGGGUAUGACAAACUUGCUAAAGCUAAACCUGUCCAAAAACUUCCUCGGCUACAUUGAUUUUAGGACAUUUCAGAAUCUCAAGGGACUCGAGGUGCUUGAUUUGUCUUACAAUCAUAUUUGGAGACUUGGGUCUCAGUCAUUUCAAGGUCUUCCAAAUCUACUCAGUCUAAACCUAACAGGAAAUUCUCUUGGACAUGUAUACACAUUCGCAACUCUGCCGAAGUUGGAAAAGCUCUACUUAGGAGACAACAACAUUCAGUAUGUGUACGAAAUACCCAACAUAGCCAAACAUCUCAAAACCCUUGACUUGCAGUUUAACCAAAUAGCAUCCAUGUCAGAGCUCUACACAAUACUAGAUGAAUUUCCUCAAAUUGAGGAAGUAGUUUUUCGAGGAAAUCAGCUUCUUUAUUGCCCUCAAGACAACCAUGAAGUGUUAUCACAAAACAUACAAGUCCUCGAUCUAUCAUUUGCAGGUUUGCAAGUAAUCUGGUCAGAAGGAAAAUGUUUAAACGUGUUUGACGAUCUUCACCAGCUAGAAGUGCUUCAUUUGAGUUCCAACUUGCUGCAGUCACUUCCCAAAGACAUCUUCAAAGACCUUACAUCUUUGCUCAUUCUGGAUUUGUCUUUCAACUCUUUGAAAUACCUCCCCACUGAUGUAUUCCCCAAAACUCUUCAAGUACUUCAUCUUGACUAUAAUUCGAUUUAUUCAGUAGAUCCAAAUCUCUUCAGCACCCUCAGCUACCUCAGCCUGAUGAAUAACGAUUUCCGAUGUGAUUGUGACUUGAAGGAUUUCCAAACAUGGCUAAAUCAAACCAACAUAACCUUCGUUCACUCUAUUGAGGAUGUGACGUGUGCCAGUCCUGAGGAUCAGUACAUGGUUCCGGUUGUGAGUUCCAGCAUACAAUGUGAGGAUGAAGAGGAGGAGAGAAGAACUGAAAAACUAAGACUUGUGCUUUUUAUUUCCUGCACUGUAUUGAUUAUAUUAUUCAGCGCCAGCACCAUUGUUUACAUCAGUCGACGCGGUGUCAUCUUCAAGAUAUACAAAAAACUAAUUGGCAAAUUUGACAAUAAACCUCAAGAGGAACCUGAUGCAAAUGGAUUUUUGUACGAUGUGUACCUGUGUUUCAGUUCCAGAGACAUGAAGUGGGUAGAAAGAGCGUUGUUGAAGAGGCUGGACUCUCAGUUUUCAGAGCACAACACACUCCGCUGCUGCUUCGAGGAGCGAGACUUCAUCCCCGGGGAGGACCAUCUUACCAAUAUGAGAAAUGCCAUCCAGCAUAGUCGAAAAACCAUUUGCGUGGUGUCUAAACACUUUCUGAAGGACGGCUGGUGUCUAGAAACAUUCACCCUGGCACAAUGUAGGAUGCUAGUGGAGCUUAAGGACAUUCUGGUGGUGCUGGUUGUAGGAAACAUACCGCAGUACAGGUUAUUAAAGUAUGAACAACUGAGAUCCUUCAUUGAGAACAGAAGUUACCUCGUGUGGCCUGAUGACGGUCAAGACUUGGAGUGGUUUUAUGACCAACUUCUGCACAAGAUAAUCAGAAACACCAAGGUUAAACAAACAAACAUUAAAGAAAAAGACAAGGUGGAUGAAAACAAUCCUGAAGCAGCAGAUGUUCAAGCAGACACUGCAGUUUAACUAUGGUGUUUUUCCUUCACUUUCGUCAAUUGGUGAAGUUGGUUCCUUGCUACUGGAUUGCUUGGUUUGGGACUUGUGGAGCUGUGCAUAGAUUUGGACUUUCACCAGUAAAAUUAAACCACCCAGAACUGAACUUCAACUCUGAAAACUGGACUGACACUUUCAACUUAC